CCUCGUCUGCGGAGGCGGGUUGUGAGUCCUGAACAGUUGGAGAGUGGGCCCUCGGGACCUUUCCUGCUCCUACUUGAUUGGGUGGAGUUUCUCUGCUCUACCGCUGCUCCCGAAAGCACACGCUGUGGGAGCCGGAAGGCACGCCCUGUACGCGGACAGACUCACACUGGCGGGGUGUGAGAGGCGUCCGGCCUUGUGCCCCCACUUGUGGAGACCCACUUGUGAGAGACGAGUUGAACUUCCACUCCUUUUAGAAGAAUGAAUUUGUUUGGGUACAAAAAACUUAUGAUUCUUCUCUGGAAGAAUUUUACUUUGAAGAGGCGGAAACUUGUGGCUUUAGUUGUGGAAAUAAUUCUGACAAUUUUAUUUGGUAUUAUACUUUUGGCAAUAUGCAAGUUUAUUAUCAUAAAGAAGAUUGGACCUUUCAGUUACAAUGCUCAUCCCAUCAAUGAUUUGCCUUCAUUCAUCAGAUCUCCUGUCACUGUUUCUUAUCCUUGGGAAUUGGCUUACGUGCCUUCCAAAAGUAUUGUGGUACAGAAUAUUGUUGAAAAUGUGAAAAGAGAUUUAAACACGAAUUUGAAAGUUAUAGGCUUUUCUUCAGAAAGAGCUUUUGAAGAUUAUGUUGAGCAAACUAAUAACUCUAAAAAUGUUCUGGCUGCUAUUGUAUUUGAUCAUGUCUUCCAAAGUACCAAUGAUCCUCUCCCACUUAAGGUUAAAUAUUAUCUACGUUUCAGUAGUUUAAAGAAGAACAACAAGUUUGGGGGUUCUUUUGAAGCAAGUAGCUGGUUGACAAAUUUUCUCUUUCCAUCCGUGCCUCCUGUGGGACCCAGAAACCAACAAGAAGAAGAUGGGGGAAGUCCUGGGUACAUCAGUGAAGGGUUCCUGCUUGUGCAACAUGCUUUGGACAAGGCCAUUAUGCUACAUCACAGUGGCACUGCUGCAGAAAAACUGUUUAAUGGUGUUAGAAUUUUUGUUCAGAGAUUUCCAUACCCAAUGCAGUAUCAAGAUUUCUUCUAUGUAUUUGCUGGUAUUUUUAUCCCUUUAGUAACCAUAUGUAUCUUCUCUUUGAAUCAUCUUAUCUUAAUUCAGUCCAUUGUGUGGGAAAAGGAAAAUCGAUUAAAGGAGUACCAGCUCAUGAUAGGAGUCAGUAAUUGGAUGAUCUGGGCUUCCUAUUUCUUCACAUUCCUCUGCUUAUAUUUUUUGACCAUUAUUUAUAUGUGCAUAAUUUUAUUUUUCAAGAUCCAACCUGCACCAAUCUUCCAGUACAGUGACCCAGUUCUUGUCUUCAUCUUUUUGCUGUUUUAUGCCAUCUCCCUAAUAUUCUAUAGCUUCAUGAUUAGUACAUUCUUUAAUAAAGUCAAUUUUGCUGUUGCUUUGGGAGGUUUCCUUUUCUUUAUCACCUACCUUCCAGCUACUAGACUCCUUGUCAAUGCUGGACAGAUGACAUUGAAGCAGAAACUGAUUUUCUGCCUCAGCUGUAAUGUUGCAAUGGCCCUGGGAUUUAAAUUCCUGCUUGAUGCAGAAUCAAACAAAAUGGGAAUUAAAUGGAAUAACAUAUUCUCAUCAGCCAAUCUGGACAACUUUUUAUUUGCAUAUGUGCUGGGAAUGUUUUUAUUUGAUACUUUCUUAUAUGGUCUUGUGACCUGGUAUAUAGAAGCUGUCUUUCCAGGGCAAUAUGGUGUGCCCAAGCCAUGGAACUUUUUCUUGAAGCACUCUUACUGGUUUGGGGAACCACCUAAAAAACAACUUGAACCAAUUCAACAUCAUGAGACAAUUGAAAACAAGUAUUUUGAAGCUGACCCUACUGAUUUGGUAGCAGGUAUUCAGAUUAAACACUUGCACAAGGUAUUCAAAGUGAAUCAUGCUAUCAAAGUAGCAAUUAAGGACUUGUCUUUGAAUUUGUACGAGGGGCAGAUCACUGUUCUUCUAGGACAUAACGGAGCAGGAAAAUCCACUACUCUGUCAAUUCUUUCAGACUCACCCUAUAUGCAAAGACAUCCACAGACUGAAGGUAAAAUAUGUGAAGAAAACAUCAUUCACAUAGAUCUCAAGCAAGCGAGAAUUUCUGUCCUCAUCUCAAAUAAAGUGGAAAAAUUCAUACAUAAUUCAUUUCUGCUCUUUCCCAAUUAUAACCUUGGGAAAUGCAUCAGUGACUAUACUGUUAUCUACCAUAUGAAGAUACUGUGCACCCAAAAAAAGAGUAUUCACAAAUUCUUAAAUUGUAGUAAAGAAAAUACUGAGAAGAAUAUUUAUUCUUUGGAAGAGCAUACAAUUGGAAAGCAUUUGAUUAUCAUGAGUAUUGCAGGCUGUCUUUUUAUUCUCUUCAUUUUCCUUUGUGAUAACACUUUGUGGAAAUUAAGAACAUUUCUCAAUAAACAUGUUUACUUUGCUAUCUACAAGAAAUAUAAGAAGGAUACAAUUUCCAAGGAAUUAUCUGGAGAAUCUCCAGAUAAAGAUGUAGAAGAUGAGAGAAAGAGAAUUCUGGAGCAUUCUAAAGAGUUGAUGAAUUCCCCAGUGCUUAUUAAGGAACUCACAAAGAUAUACUUUACAUAUACAGUAAUUCUGGCUGUGAAAAAUAUUUCCCUGGAAGUCCAAAGGCAGGAGUGCUUUGGAUUACUUGGAUAUAAUGGAGCAGGUAAAACAAGUACAUUCCAAAUUUUGACUGGAGAGCAGAGUCCUACCUCUGGGGAUGUGUUUAUUGAUGGCUUUAGCAUCACCAAAAAUAUCCUAAAGGUGAAGUCAAGAAUUGGCUAUUGUCCUCAAUUUGACGCUUUGCUGGAAUACAUGACUGGCCAGGAAAUAAUGAUCAUGUAUGCCAGAAUAUGGGGAGUUUCUGAGCACCAGAUUCAUCUGUAUGUGAACAAACAUUUGAGCUCAUUGGAAUUGGAGCCACAUGCUGACAAUAUUAUCAGGACCUACAGUGGAGGAAACAAACGUAGGUUGAGCACUGCUAUUGCCAUAAUGGGAAAGUCCUCAGUCAUCUUUCUGGAUGAGCCAUCUACUGGUAUGGACCCAGUAGCCCGACGCCUGCUCUGGAACACAGUGACAAAGACACGUGAAAGUGGAAAAGCUAUCAUUAUAACCUCCCAUAACAUGGAGGAAUGUGAUGCCCUUUGUACAAAGAUAGCCAUCAUGGUGAAGGGGAAACUUAUGUGCUUGGGCAGCCCUCAGCACCUCAAGAACAAGUUUGGUGAUAUUCAUAUCCUGAAAGUCAAGGUCAAGACUGAGGAUAAAUUAGAGGAUUUUAAAUAUUUCAUCAAAAUGACAUUUCCAGAUAGUAUCUUGAAGGAGGAGAAUCAAAGGAUCCUUAACUACCACCUUCCGAAAAAAGACAAUAGCUGGGGAAAGGUAUUUGGUGUUUUGGAGAAAGCUAAAGAGUGAUUCAAUUUAGAGGACUAUUCCAUCAGUCAGAUAACCCUGGAACAAGUCUUCCUGGCCUUUGCUAACCCCGUUAGUGGAUUAACAGCAGAUGAUGAUGAACAACAGGUUCCAUGA